AUGCUCUCUUCAGCCUGCCUGUUUGACUGAUUAUGUAAGUGAAUAUGGAUUUGUAAGAAUAGCCAGUCUGUCCCCGCGCAAUUAGUCAGCGGCAUCUAUAAACCCAGAGUGGGACGGUUGGGCGAGCCAUUCACAACAUCUGUGGAGGAGCGAGGCAGAGUCUCACAGCAUCCUACUCACAACACGGAAUUGUUGCAGCAGCAGCAGCGAGCGUCAGUCGACUGCUGAUCUCAGUGCCGCCUCUUCAUCGCUCACGGCAGCGGUCCAUCACACAGGAAUACCCCAGUUACCGUCGUACACCAUGUCUCUAGACAGCUUCCUCGGAAAAUGGCAAGAGGAGUGCAAGGAAGGCUUUGACGAGUUCGCUGCUUCAAUAGGUCUUGACAGUGAUAAAACGACGUUCUACAAAUGCUCGAAAACCGUCAUCUCCUAUAACAAAGAUGGCGACGAAUGGAUCAUCGACGUGGGCGUGGCCGACGUAAAAAAUGGACGGCAGUUCCGGUUCAAGAUAGGGGAACCGUACGACUCCGCCAACCUUGACGGCACUCCAAUGAAGAGCGUGAUCACUGCGAAGGAUGGAAUGUUCCUGGAGACCCACAAGAUAGCAGAGAUGGAGAACGAGAUGCAGAUCAUGAGACAGAUACAAGACUCCGGGAAGAUGCUUGUCACGACUGAAUACAAGGGGAAUGUGAUGACGUCGACGUAUGCGCGUGUAUGCUGACGCAGUGUAAACACGAAUCUAUGACGUAGUGCGCAGAAAUGAUUUGAACGUUCCAUACUUUGCACACAGUGACUUUCUGGGCGCCGCGCGACGGCUGAACAAGGCUGGAUAAAACGUUUCUCAUUACCGUGUGUCAUUUCGCGAGGUCUACGUGGAUUGUCUCCCUCUACAGGAAGUGACGAUCCCCAGCGGUGAAACGGUCUGAGGGAGGGAACCCACUUAGCAGGUGUGCACGACGGCCUGUCAUUGGCUUUCACUCCUUCAUCGCGGUGUGGACGUUCUCACGGCGCUGUCUGUGUCGUCCUCGUCAUCAUCGUCGUCGUCGUUGUUGUUGAUGUUGUUUUGUUUACGCUACAGCGUUCUGUCUUAUCGUAUACGUGGGCUAUGGCGGACCCCCUUUGUUGCCAUGGUAACGUUGACAUGGAACUUAUGUCAAGCACCUGUUCCAAGUAAAUGCUAAUAAACUCGUCGGUCUUUACUCGUCAAAA